AUGCCAACGCUUUCGAGGCCGCCAGAGCUCAGGCUCGAGAGAAGAACCGUACGACCCUGUGUGUACUAUGGGCUGAGUGCGGGAAUUCUACUCCUUGCAUUGUCCUAUGCUUCAGUUCCCCUCUAUAAAAUGAUAUGUCAACAAACAGGGUGGUCCGGCCAACCUGUCAAAGCCCACGAUUCCACCGGGGACCCUGCUCUCCGCCUGAAACCCGUCGAAGACCACCGCCGUCUGCGUGUCACCUUCAACGGUUCCGUUUCCGACAUCCUCCCUUGGAAGUUCACGCCGCAGCAACGAGAAGUCCGAGUCCUUCCUGGCGAGACCGCUCUGGCUUUCUACACUGCUACGAAUAAAGGGGAUGCAGAUAUCAUCGGUGUGGCUACAUAUUCCGUGACGCCUGCGCAGGUUGCGCCGUACUUUAGCAAGAUUCAGUGCUUUUGCUUCGAAGAGCAGAGGUUGAAUGCAGGCGAGACGGUCGACAUGCCAGUGUUCUUCUUCAUCGACCCCGAAUUUGCAAAGGACCCACAAAUGAAGGGAAUCGAUACCAUCACACUGAGCUAUACAUUCUUCAAGGCAAGAUAUGACAAGAACGGAGUGUUGACUACAAUACCUAUGGCCAUGGCAGCGGUAUAA